GUUCUUACACAUACUUCUUAGAAUAUUUGGCUCGGCUCUUCCAGACGUAGGGUACAAAUAUGGAUCUCCAUAGCUAGGAAGUCUCACAGAGGACAUGGUGCUCGACGAGGAUUUACCCUAAUGCUCCGCUAGAUUGCAUUUGAGGAUCACGGCAUGACGAUGUUGAGCGGAGAAUUCGAAUCUUCACAGAUUAUCUACGGCCUCAUGAACGACUUCUUACCCACGCCGAUCGCAUUUGGCAAAUUCAAGGCUCCAGGUCCUCCUACGUACUUUUACCUAUGCGAGUUCGUUAAUAUGGAUGUCACAGUGGCCCCGGACCCGGCGGAAUUCACAAAGCGACUCGCGCAGCUCCAUCGAAUCAGUAGGUCGCCCACUGGUAAAUUUGGUUUCGAUGUCCAGACCUACGAUGGGCAGGUAACCCAUAUCGUUGAAUGGCAAGAUAAAUGGGAGACAUUUUUCACGAACAUGUUAAUGAAUAUCUAUGAGAAAGACCUUGCUACUAAUGGUAGAUGGGUAGAGAUGGAACGAGCUACUAAACAGAUUGUCCAUGUCGUUAUCCCCAGGCUGCUCGGCGCUCUCCAGGCUGGAGACAGAAAGCUAGAGCCUGCUAUCAUACACGGUGACCUCUGGGAAGGAAAUAUGGGUAUUAAUGUGCAGAAUGGUAAAAGCAUCUUAUUCGACGCUGGGUCGUACUACGGUCACAAUGAGAUAGAACUGGGAAUCUGGAGAUGCCAAUUCAGUUCAGUCUUUCGUUCCAAAGAAUACCUUGAGCAUUAUCUCAGCAAUUAUCGCGAGCAGAGCCCGUUGCGGAGUUCGAUAACCGAAACAGACUUUACAGCCUGAAAAACGACAUCAACUAUUCCGUUGGCCAUCUAGGAACUUCAUUGCGAAGAAGUGCCUACAACAACAUAUGUUAUCUAUGCGAGAAAUAUGGUCUAAUUGAAGGGAUAGAUAAGUGUGAUCCUCAGAUCGACCCAUCGGUGACGGGGUCUUAUAUUGCGCCUUAUCUCCCUGAAAAACCUGGUCUGAUUUUGGCAAUUGCGACGUGCAGGACGUGGAAAGCGACUUAGGCUAGUUGUAACCUCGUUGCAAGCUAAACGAGC